UUAAAGGAAGGAAGUUCUGAAGAUUAUUUAAACCGUAAAGACUGUAAACAAAAAUCAAUGACAUUCGCUGCAAUUGACAAAGUUAAACCUUAGGUCCUGAUGAAGAGCUGUCUUGCUAUGGUAAGGAUUGGUGAACUGAACUAAGAUUUUGUUUUCUCUUUUGUGAAACGAGCGUUGUUUUUUCAAUGUAAAUAGGGAGUGAAUUCAUCGCAACUGGAGAAGGAAAUUGGUCAAGAAUUCCCUCCAAAUGAGAAGUAUUUUGGCCUUGUUAACGUAAGUAUCUGCCACUGGAUCGACGGCAGUUGUUGCGUUAUCAUUUCACUAAACUAAGUUUGUAUUGUGGAGUGAGGAUUUUAUAGAUAUUUUUAUGAUAAAUAAUAUCUGUGAUAAUAUUAUAUCAAUUUAUAAUUUUAUACCAGCUUGUUGUGUUUCCACUUGAUUAGUGUAAAUAUUUAUUGCACUGAGCUAUAGUGAUUUAUUGUUGUUGCUGGCUCAUUUCAGGCAUGCUCGCUGUAGGAGUUUAGAAUUGUACUGACACAUAGCCUGCAAGCAUCCCCUCCUGGGUUGCGCUGGAAAAGGAGGGCCUGUACGGAACCAUAUGUUUUUUUUCCAUAGUGAUCAAAAAGAAAUGCAGGCUUCUGAUUGGCUUACACCUGUUCACAAAAUCACUAAAAAUAGCGAAAGUAAACAACGGCAUUUUGAACUAUAUUUAUAGUGUAAAACUUAAAGAAGAAACUAUUGAACAAAAUAAAACUAAGUGGAAACUAAAAGCAAUAUAGCAAAGCAUACAGUGCAACAGCAGAAAUCUAUCUUGUAAAUAAUAUGUUGUCAAGUAAGGCCACCAUUUGUUGUAUAUUAGUUUCUCAUCCCCGCCCGCAUGCAUUUUAAGAAAAUGGUCUUGUUCGCCAUUAUUGCCAUUAUUGCAAUUUUUGACCAUUAUUAUAAAAUUUGUAAUGUCUUCAAAGCGAAAUUUGAAAGAAAGACAAUUAGAAAUGUUCCCAAACCAAAUGUUAUAGUUAAAAUAUGAAAUUUCAUACCAAAACUGCCAGUUUCUCCCGCAUUUACGUACACGCUUAUCAAAUAUGCAAACUCGAGACGACUUGGCUACAAAAUUAUUUCAUAUGUGGAGCGGCCAUGUUUUUAAUAUGAAAACAUGGUUUCAGUUGCACUUACGAAUUUUGUGCUGUUUUGCAAUGCUGAAUUACAGGGUAUGGAAACAUUCAGAAAGUUGCAGCUGUAUAAAACAUAUACAACGAUUCCUGUAUUUUCCGGUACACACUAUAUAAAUGCUUAAUGCACACUUUUUCAAAGGUAAAUUUUACGGAGAGGGGAAAUCCGGCAAAUAAUGGCAUAAUGGUAAUGGCCCACCCGCCCGCAUCAACUUUAGGUGAAGCUCCGGAUGAGAAACUAAUAUACAACAAAUAGUGGCCUAAUAUUGAAAAGGGCUUGGUAUAUGACAUGUAUGAUAGAGAUGGCUUCACUGGAGUUACCUUUGCUAUAUUUGGCUGUAUGCCUAAUUAUAGAGUUGAUGCUCAUUGGAAUUUUGGCUCGAUUUAGAAUUUAGACCUAGUUUAUCCCUGGCGGCCUAGUUAACUGUUAAGAUAUGCCAAAAUAUGGUCCAAAUGUCUUAACAUGUACAUUGACCGUUUUCAAAUGAAAAAAAAAACAAUUAGAACUAUUGAUACAGUUUUGUAAAUUAUUUAAUUUUACUGCAUAAUUAUUAACUUCCUGAACAAUGCUGGGUUUUUAAAAUUAAUAACAACAAUAUUGGAUUUACUUUCUCAUUUAGCUUACAGUUUCUACUACAAUAUAGUGCACUCAUGAUUUCAAAAAUAAUUAAAUACAUCUCCAUUUACUCAUUUAGAUAUGUUCCAAAUCCCUAUUUAUCUGAUCUGCUCUUUGUGAUUUGAUUCACUCUUUGUGGGGCUUACUUCAUAAUGUUAUGUAUUACAUUUCUUCAUAGUGCAUUUCAUGCCCUACGUCAAUUUGACAGUCUUUGUUUAUUUAUGUCAGUUGGCACUGAUUGGUUUGUGUUUGGCUAGCGAGAAAAAGGGUCUGGACGACUAAAACACAUGGUUCUGUGCAAGCUGACUUAUUUACCUGUUUGCACGGUAACACACACAUCACAUUGUGGAUUUGACCAUAGUUGCAUGCACAUGCAAAUAUUCCGAACAUUCCAGGUAUAUCAGUCACUUUGUAGAGACUAGUUUAUUUCUGUUCACUUGGGUAUUCUGUUGUCCAAACAAAACCCAACACUUAAAUGCUUUAAUAAUUAGUUAUUCCAGAACCUAUUACUCUUAGCAAGUAUAAAUAGACCAUUUCCGAAUUAAGCUCAGCUGUUAAGAACAGUAAUGCCAAGCAACAUUACAAUUUAGCACAAAACCUUGUUCUUCCACUAUCUUGCCUGUAGGCAUUCAACCAUGCUUUGGAAAUGGACUAUUCCUGUAGGCCUAAAGCCUAUAAUUUAUGUUGUGCCCAUUCCAAAACCGUAACCCUAAAAUCUCUUGGUAUAAAAUAAUAUGCAUACAUGAAGUAGGUUCAAAACCAAGACAUCUGGAAAAAGUGUAGGAUUAAAAGACUAAUAAACAAACAAAAAAGUAACACCAAGGAUAGAGGGGAGGAAAAAAGGACAAAAGCCCCAACCAACCUGUCAGACCAGUAACAAAUCUAACAUACCCAAAACCAUUACAGCCCAAAGAAACCCAACAAACCCGAACAGAUCCAAUAAACCCAACAAACUCAACAGACUCCAAAACUGACAAGCAUGACAGUAGUCAGUAACUAUGUAGUUUAUUAAAUAAAUAUUUUUCACAUUUAUAAACUUUUUAUUUCAAACUUAGGAGUUGAAAGUAUGAAAAUAAAUACUGAAAACGCGCUAGUCAGACAACAUUGAAGUGUAGUCAUUUGUUAUGAGAAAUAGUAUGGGUGAAAGCGGAAUAUUGAAUGCUGGGUUUUAGGUACUAUUUAAAAAACACAAGCAGGAGUGCUUUAUCAGAUAACAUGACUUUUUAUCACAUAUAAAACGAUGCAUCGACACGGUUGUGAUUUACUUUGUCUUUUCCUCAUGAAUUAUUAAUACUGAUCAAGUUUUUAAAAUCAUUCUAUAAGUAGAGAAACGCUGUGUGUCUGAAGGAUGUGACUGGGUCUGUUGGGUCAAGUCUGUCAAAUUGUAACUGUCUGUAUUUUAAGACCAUGCAGCUAAAUUAAAAAUGUUUUUCUUCCAGUUUGGGAAUACCUGUUAUUGUAACUCGGUCCUCCAAGCUCUUUAUUUCUGUCAACCUUUUCGUGAGAAAGUGCUUGCAUACAAGCCACAGAACAAGAGGAAAGAGACGUUGUUAACAUGCCUCUCAGACUUGUUUGGAAGCAUUGCUUCUCAGAAAAAGAAAGUUGGCGUCAUGGCUCCGAAAAAAUUUGUGGCAAGAUUAAGGAAAGAAAAUGGUAAGGGCAUAGAAAACAGCAGUGGCAAUGGAACACCCUUCCUUACCCCAGAGUUAAGCCUAUCUAAGGUUGGGUGUUGUUACUUGAUGGAUGACUACCUUGCUCUGACUUGAUGUGCUUGAAAACUUAUAUAAGCAGAGUUUCCAUUGGUUCUCUAGCUGUUAUGCUUCGAAGAUUUUUAUUGCAGUCUUACUUGUGGAAAACCAGAGACGGCCUUGUAAGUCUUUGAUUUGGUCACAUUGAAACUAAGAUAAAACAAUGAGCACCUCUUUAUACAUUUACUUACAAAACUGUCCAUUUUCUUAAGCGAAUUAAAGUACGUCUAAAACCUCUCUUUCUGCUUCCAUAUUUCCUGGCUUAUACAGCAUUGCAAGUGACAUAUUCACCUCGUAUCUGUAUUUUAAUGAGAUAUAAGACAAGUGAAGGGUUAUAUCUUUGUUAUCAUCAAACAAAAUUAUUUAAGGAUCAGCAAGUCCAUUGGGUCACUGAGGUCGACGUCAUUUGUCAAGGGUGUUUGUUUUCGUCAGGACAUAACCCAGCAGUUCGACAGGAAUUUGUAACCAAAAUGACAAUUUGAAGAUGCAUGCUAAUGACAAUGGGUUGCCUUCAAUGAUUUCAUUUUCGCAGGAUUAUUUUGCCGCCGGAUAUUGCCAGACUGCUGCCCUACUGAAAGCAUGUAGUAAUGUAAUUACUAAUAUAAUUGUAACAUAGGAUUUACAGUAUAAGCAGAUCAGAAAACCCGAAGCUGUUUGUAUCCUGUAAGCCAUGCAUUCACUCUUUUUUCAAUUCCGUGAACUCUUUUGUUGAUAUCUAAUUGAGAGUUACAUACAGUGUAGCCUGCAGGGGCCGGUUGUACGAAGUCCGGAUAGCGCUAUCCACCGGAUAGUGAUUUUUUCAAGAUUUGUAACUCGUAUUAAAGUUUAGUAUUUAUAAGUUGGUUUUUUUUUUACUUCUUAUGUCGUCUAUAUCCGUAGUUUCACACUUUUUCAAGCAUUUUUUCAAAGGUUGAAAAAAUCACUAUCCGGUGGAUAGCGCUAUCCGGCCUUCGUACAACCAGCCCAACUAUGCUAGGAAAUUUCCUUUGAUAUUUGUGCUGCAAGGUCAAGUCGGUUCGACAAAGUCUGACAAAAAAUAUCCUGUGGAUUCGGUUUCCUGAACGACCCUUUUCGGUUUCUAACUCUAAUGAUUUUUUGGAUUUGGUUGCAGUUGUUUGCUUACCUUGUGACCCUACUUUUUUGUUUCUCACUUUGUAACAUAACAAACACGAUACUCGCGACUAUUUCCUGGGUGUGGUGAGCUUAGUUACAAAAUGUUUUACCAUUGUAAGUUCUCAGAAAUCCCUAGCCCAUGGGUCGUGCUGAAGGCCAAGCAGAUUGCUCGCCUUUGGUUGUUCGGCUUCAUUAAUGUUCGGCUUCAUUUUGCAACUCUUGCAUGCGUCACAAAACGCCAUAAAAUCCGAAAAUCAAGAAUUCACUUUGGAAUUACAUACUGUAUAAGUCAUGGACUGUCACGGGUGAUGUCAAGAUAAUUGUUGUAUACUGUAGAUGUGCAGUAUUAUUGCAUUAUUGUUGUCAUUAUUUACAUGUUUAGAUGUUUUUGACAACUAUAUGCAACAAGAUGCUCACGAGUUCUUUAACUAUUUAUUAAAUACGAUUGGAGACUUACUACAAGGUAGGGUAUGCUGUGUUUGAACGAAUUUAUAGAUACUUGCGAAAAUCUCUUCAUUCCUCUUGCCCUUUUCAAGUAAAAAAAUUCUAAAAUUCGGUGCCUAGUUAUAGUAAAUCUAGGAUAAUUUCUUAUGAUUUGAAAAAAAUUGCAUGGCUCAUGCACGUUCUUUACAAACCUCUACCCAUGCAUUAAAGACAAUAGAGGAGAUCGUUCUAUCAUCAAGAGCAAACUCGUACAACACGUCUCUGUCGGAAAAACAGUCCAUGGAUUGGCAGUCGGCAAAUGUGACUGCAUGUUGCUGAAAUUAUCGUCAAGAACAUUAUUUUACUAAACAAAAAUCAAGCUAGGAAAGGAUACUUUCCGAAGUUUUAUUUAACUUGUUAUUUUCAAUAUUUUUGCGUGGAAACAAUGAUUUUUGCGUUGACAAUAUUUAUACUUACAUUAUAUAUAAUAUUUGCUUGUGAACCAGGUCCAGAGAAUCUUUAAAUUCUUACAACCACUUAGAUUUUUGUUGUAUAAUUUUGGAUUUGAAUUUCUAUAAACGAAACAUUACACGACAAUUUGUAUUUCUCCUGUUCAAAAUACAUGGUCAGUUUUUAUUUAAUUUACUUACUGUACUUUCAUAUUUUUACACAUGGAGACUCAUGUAUUGCGGUAAACUACUUAAAAACGUGUUAUUAUAUACUGUACUGACAGCUCAUUAUUUUUCUUGUAAAUUGAACGUUUAUGAUCACAUUUAGGUGAAAAACAGAAAGAGAAAGAAAAAUUGGAACGACAGGGUAGUAUUAGUAGCACAGCAAGUAGCAGAAGUACAGGCACGUGUAAUUCGUCGGCUGCGGGUAGUACUAUCCCACCAAAACACGACGAAACAUGGAUUCAUGAGAUAUUUGAAGGCACAUUAACAAAUGAAACACGAUGUUUAUCUUGCGAAACGGUAAGUGUUGAUCCUCCAAUUUCACCUUGAUUUAAUGCUUCAACCACAACCUCGUACCCAGGACUUCCACAAGCGCAGAAAGCCUGUGUACGAGGUGUUGUAUUUUAUAACUUAAAUCUAAACUAACAAAAUAAUAUAUAUCGCUUUCAACAAGUAAUAAUCAGGGGCGGAUUUAGACCGUUGCAACUGUAGCAUAUGCUACGGUCAGAUUUUCCAUAGGCCAGUUCUAACAUGGAUCAUAAAAUCAAUGUAAAAUAUAAUUUAGCAAUAUUUUGUUUACUUUCCUUGUUUAUAUUUCAAGGUUUUAUUUUAUUUAGUUUUAUAUGUUCUAAAACAUUUUAUUUUGACAAAUUGAUGACAUUUAUAAUACGUAACGUUAAUUAUUUUAAGAAUUCCCGCCCGAAAAUACGGUUGUAAUUGCCCGUUUGCGGGUCAUUACGCAAUGGACUAUAGCUUAGAAAAUAUCAUCCUUCAGAAAUACCCCGUAGCGUGUUGCCCAUAUAUGAUCAAUUUUCGCUACGGUCAGAUUCAUUAAGGUCGAAUCUGACCGUAGCGAAAAUUGGCAUAUACGGCAUUCUGAUUGGUUUGCUACGGUCAAACGUAGCAAACCAAUCGGAAUGGGGCAAAUGCUAUAGUUUGCUACGGUGGCAUGAAAUUGGCUACUGCUCCAGAACGAUGGAAUAUUUGAUAUUUGUGUUUGGCUCAUCGACAACAACAUGAUAUUGGGAACCCACAGUACGGUUGUGCGCAUUUCGAAAUGAAAGCCGUCGUAAAGCUAAAGGAUUUAUAUGCGUCGAGGUAGAAAUAAAAUCAGAUAGUAAAACGAAUCAUUUCCAGUCAGGUAAGCCUUAUGAAUGAUAAGAGAUGCACAUUAUAUUUUAAUUUGAGUUUUUACUGUAUAGUGUUCGCUAUUAACUUCGCUUUAUUAAAGUGUUUGUGCGCGUAUGUACAGUAUAUCUGCAUGUAUUGGAAUUAAUACGCGAAUUAUGAUAUGCGCGUAUAUAUAUCGUGUUUUAUAGCGCGCUAAUAUUUGUUUGUAAUGCGUAUAUAUUCGUAAGAUACGCGUAUUCAUAUCAUACGCGCGUUCAUAUGAUAUGCGUAUUCGUAUGAUACACGCGUUCGUAAUGAUACGCGCAUUUCGGUAUUCAAUUGAUAAUGAUAUGCGUAUUAUACGAGUAUCAUACCGAUAUCGUAUGUUAAAAUAUACGCGAGCAAUAGUUUACAUUUUGAGAUCAUUUCGGCUUAUUUUUGCUUGAGAAAUGAAUACAAUGAGGACAAAUUUAAUGGUCACAUGCAGUGCUCAGAACGCAGGAAAUGGCAUUUCCGGGCUUCAAAUUUCAAAAAUUUUCUCGGGGGGGGCAUGCCCCCGGACCCCCCUAGCUAUGUGAGGUCUUGGAAAAUGCUACGGUCAGAUUUUUUGCUGGAUCCGCCCCUGAAUAUGUCCUUAUAAAUGUGUAUUGUAGUCCGCCAUUUAUAUGCACAUGUUCACUGUCCGUGGGGGAGGGGAAUAAAACCUAGUAAUGACAUCACUACACCAGGUUUCCUCGACCAUAGUUAAAGAAAAAAGAUGGUUAUAGGAAGGCCGGUAAACAUUAAAGAGUUUCGCAAUCGAACCUCAGUUGAUGUUGAAAAGUACCUGAAGAUACGCAAAUCUGUUGUCUUAGGCUUUUUAAUAUUUAAAUAUUAGGCUGAGUGAUUGACACCUACAUAUAGCUUCUCUCACCAUGGAAGUGCACAAAUUCCCACUAAACGUCAACAAAAACACAUGAGAACAAUGACUUUUGUCAACCGACAACAAUGUCCUUCGUACUUACAUCUGAAACAGUUGGAUUUUUGAUGAUGUUGCGGCAUUUUUUAGUCGUACAGUAUGCUGUUCUAUCCUAUAUGGUUGUUGUACACGGAGUAACGUUUUGCAUUAAUUUCCAAACUACAUAUAUAGUGACAGAAAUCUUUAAGACAUAUGCCUGAUAUGAGUAUUUCUUUCUUCUACAGUACCUAUAAGUCUUAAUUCUUCCAUUGAUUAUUUUCCGCUUGACUAAUCGCCGUGUACGAUAGCGAAUUGCCACCCCAUUUCUGUUUCAUUAUGCAUCUUUCUCCUUAUUGUACAUUAUGGUGAUAAAAUGUAUUGCAUUGUGAUAUUUGCAUUCACAGGUUAGCAGCAAAGAUGAAUGUUUUCUGGACUUAUCAGUUGAUGUGGAUCAAAACACUUCAAUAACUCACUGUCUAAGGUAAUAUAAAUGCUUUGAUUACGAAAACCCAUGCACUACUACUUUGAUCGGGCAUUUCUAUAGCUAGGAGCUGUUUACAUGGAUGUAAGUGUUGAAUCCUUUUUGAAUACAUGCAUGUAAAUGAUCUAAUAUUUAUAAAAUGAAUUAAUACAGAUUGAACUUAUACUGCUAUAAAACGUGUUGAAACAACCUAAACGAGCGAUCAAUGCCUAAAAUUGUCAUCUCUUCGUCGAUGUAUUAACUUAUCCAAUAUCUUGGUUACUGUUGUGUUGUACACGGUGCUCUUUUUCUCCCAGGGGAUUUUCGUCAACUGAAACACUGUGUAGUGAGCAUAAGUACUUUUGUGAAACUUGUAAAAGUAAACAGGAAGCUCAAAAAAGGUUUGUUGUUUUUUUU